GCGGACAAAAGAUAGUAAUUUUUCCGAAAGAAAUUGAAGUUUUAUGAAGGGAAACGAAAGAGGAAAUUGAGAAGGCCGUUUCAGCAAAUCCCGAGCUUUUUAGGCCCCCCUUAACAAGAAAAACUGUAAGUCAAUAGAAGAGAGAGCGAGCAGAGAGAGACAGAGAGAGCUUCAUUGCAGUGGAAAAGACCAUCUUCUCUGUACAUGAAAGGGAAAUUAGGGUUUGAAGAGAGAGAGGUUUCCUCCGAAAUCCAUGAGAAUCUCUUCUCAGUGCUCGCAUGGAUGCUUGACUCACGCCAUUAUGCAGCAAAGGGAAGUGAUCAUUGUUUAUGCUCCGAAAGAAUGCGGAUUUAGGGUUUAAUGAGCUUGGAUUCUGUUUGCUCUGAUAAUCCAUGAGAAACCCUUACUGGUGCUCGGGUAGAUGCUUGACUUAGGUGUAUAUGUGGAUCUACCCACCCUCCUGCAAUUCUUUAUCGCUCUUGUGGUUGUCAGUUUAGGGUUUCUUCACGUUAUUAAGAGCGCAGCUUCUGCAUAUCUCAUUUCUUGGAAAUCUUUUGGUGAAGAGGGGGCUCUGGGGGCCUCGAGAAACCGAGAACACAUGAAAGAGGAAACGGAUGAGAAUCUUUGUGUAGUUUGUCGAGAACCCUCGACAAAGAAAUGUGCCCGGUGCAAGGCGGCUUACUGCUCUAUAGAUUGCCAGACAAGAGAUUGGACUGCUGGUCAUAAGUCCAAUUGCAAGGUGAAAGGGCCUGAGGAUUCAAAAGUUUCUGCGAAUAAGAAUGAUUAUCAUCAGAGGAAAUCUUCAAGUCAGAUGGGGAUAGUAAAUAAUAUUCAUUUUAUGCCUAAGCAUGGAACCAGUAAGGUUUUUUGCCAACCGAGAAAGGUAUUAUUUCACUAUGACGAAUUCAUAGAUCUUUUCAACUGGGAUAACCCAGGUUUACCACCUUGUGGACUUCUAAAUUGUGGAAAUAGCUGUUUCGCUAAUGUAGUCCUACAAUGUCUUUCAUCCACACGACCACUUGUUGCCUACUUGUCGGGUAGAAAACACAUGAGUGAAUGCCGCAAUGGUGGAUGGUGUCUCUUAUGUGAACUUCACCUUCACUUUUAUAGAGUGAGCCAGAAUGAGCGCCCUUUCUCUCCGAUCAACAUUUUGGCUCACAUACCAAAUAUUGGUGGCAAUCUUUGCAAUGGGAAACAGGAAGAUGCUCAUGAAUUCAUGAGGUUUGCAAUUGAUACAAUGCAGUCAGCUUGUCUGUAUGAAUUUGGUGGAGAAAAGGCUUUGGAUCCUAGCACUCUUGAUACAACUAUUAUCCAAUACAUAUUUGGUGGCUACCUUCGCUCUCAGGUGAAAUGCUCAGAAUGCUCUCAGAUAUCAAAUCGUUAUGAGAAUAUGAUGGAUUUGACUGUUGAAAUUCAAGGAAAUGCUGGAUCUCUUGAGGAAUGCCUUCAACAGUUUACAAAAAGUGAAGAUCUUGAUGGAGAAAAUAAGUACAAGUGUGACGGGUGUAAUGCUUAUGUCAAUGCAUCAAAGCGCCUUACCAUCCAUCAGCCACCAAAUAUCCUCACAAUUGCUUUGAAGAGAUUCCAGGUUGCAGGCACUCAGACUCAAGUGUCUUUUUCUCAUCAAGGUGGGAGCUAUGGCAAACUGAACAAGAGAGUAACUUUCCCAGAAAUUCUUGACCUGGGGCCAUACAUGAGCAGGGACAAUUGCGGUAGAGAUAUAUAUCAUCUUUAUGCCGUGGUGGUUCACAUUGACAUGCUCAAUGCUUCUUUCUUUGGGCAUUACAUUUGCUACACGAAGGAUGCACGUGGGAAUUGGUAUAGAACUGAUGAUUGUAAGGUCGAGCAUGUGGAGCUCGAGGAGGUGCUCGCUCAGGGAGCUUAUAUGCUUCUAUAUAGCAGGAUUGAUGUUCGCCAAAUGCCCACAAAAUGCCCUGUUGAGCAAUCGUUACCAAAAGAAAAUCCUCUGCUUUUGUCCUCUGAAUCAGACAGUAACUCACUCACUGCAAAUGUUCUAAAUACCGCCGCCAUAUCUUCCACUAGCCUUGGGGAAAUGGAUACUGAGAUUCUCUCUCCAGAUUCCAUCAAUGAUGGCAGCCUCUCUUUCAAAGCUGAUUUUGAUCCCAUUUCAGAGGAAAAAGAAGAACCUCCCAUGACCCAAAAUGAAGCAAAAAUGGCAGAAAUAAUGAGUGACCUCUCAACUAGAGUCCCUCACUCUUCAUACCCCAAAUCUCCGGAAAGCUUUUCCGGCGAAUCUUCUGGUCUGUUUUCUGGCAUAGGGUUUGAUGGAGAAGUGACUGGAAAAGAGAACGGGGUGGGAAUUUCAGGGCACAAAUUGUUGGCUUCAUGUCCCGACAGGUCUCUAUCAAUGGCUGGAAAUUUGGCGGAACUGGAAAGUCCAGCAAAGGCUUCAGCAGAAUCCGGCAAGAUUUUCAUGGGCAGAGAAGUUUCAAUUGGGGACGAUUCAAGUUUGAACAGAAAACCAAUAUUCUAUCGGGGUUUUCUUGAUAAACCUAUCAAAAAGUUGCCAGAAAAUUGCCUGAAAUUGGUUAAUGAAGAAUUCAUUGAGAAGAGGCCUCUUUUUAACCAACGUUAUCUGUUUGAAGAACAGAAUAACAGUGAAGCUUCCAAUGGGAAACUCAAGCUUUUACCAGGAGUUUUCAGUAAUGGAGGGCAAAUGGUUGGGAAUUAUAAAAGGCAUAGAGAGGAAGCUUGAUGACAGUUUUUAAAGAUGAGUUAUGCGAAAAUGUUAUUGAUAGAUCAUGACAUUUUUGUUGGAUUUUGAGGUGUGAUGAGCAACUGGAGGGAUGAACCAGAAGAUUGGUUAAUUGGUCUUUGUAGAAUUUGUUUCUUAGUUCUUCUCUUCUUAUUUUGAUUAUUUUUUUCAUGGUGGCCACUAGAAUUUAGUGGAUGGGGUCUUUGGGGUUUCUUUUAAAAUUUGCCCAUAGGCUCCAAUGCCAUGUAGAACAGUAUUUAACACCGUUGUCAAAUACAUGGAGAAUUUCACUUGUA